GCCAUCAUGCCAAGAAACUACACCAGGAAGACAACCUGGGGCCAAACACCCCUCGCAGAGAUGGAGAGUGCAGCCGCUGAGGUCAUGCAAGGAAAGAAGUCCUUUAGAGAAGCUGGAAUUGAUAGAAAUAUUGACAAGACAACCCUCAAAAGAUUCAUACAGAAAAAAGAGAAAGGGGAAGUAAAAUCAGUAGCCUGGGGUGCAGUAGCUGAGGCAAAGAGAAUAUUCACAGAUGAGAUGGAGGAGGAGCUUGCCACACACUUGAAACAACUAGCUGACCAGUUCCAUGGCCUUGCUCCAGUUAGGUGCCGUGAACUGGCGUUUGAAUACGCAGAGAAAAACAAUAUCACUGUCCCUGCCAGUUGGACAGAAAAUUCAAUGUGCAGGAGUAGAGUGGUUCGGCAGCUUCCUAGCACGUCGCCAUCUCUCUGUCCAAACUCCGGAGGCAACAUCCCUGGGAAGAGCUACAGCCUUCAAUAAAACCACAGUGGGGGAGUUCUUUGAAAAUCUGGCUGUAGUGAUGGACAGGCACACAUUCCCUCCACACAUGAUUUACAAUGUGGAUGAAACAAGCGUCUUUACAGUACAAAAGCCACGGCAGCACGAGGAGCACCUGUCCAGAGUGUUUGAUGAAGUGAUGGGGCUGGGAGACUUCGCUGAAUCCUCUCAGGGCUCUGCCACUUCUUCUAAGAGUGGAGGUCAGGAGGAAACAAAGGCAGUAGAUGAAACAUCAGGACAAGAGGAGCAGCAACCGGUUGAAGAAGAGGAUAGCAAUGGGAGUAGACCAGAAGAAAAGAUGGACGAGGGGAUGGUAGAAUCCCCCUUUCCUCGCAUUUCCUCCCCUCCCUCUGGUCAACCCUCCGCAUUUACCUUGAGAACCAAUGAAGGAGGAGGAGAGAAAGGCGGAGGAGGAAGUGGAGGGGCAGCAUUUGAUGAUGCACUGGAUGGCCUUCCUCUGUAUGAGCCAGAAGAAGAGGAUGAAGAUUGGCACUUUGCCCUGCCAAUGGGCUCCUUGGAGGACGUCGAUGUGGAUAAGGCCAACAGGAAAAAAAGCAAAGCGGACAAGGGGAACAAUUCAAGUCGAGGCGAUCCCUUUACUAACGAGCCCAAAGGAGGAGAGAAAGACAAGGAUGAGAGCACAGAGUCUGCCAACACUUCCCACUCCUCCCAGGAAAACACGCCUGACAACAGCCGAGCGGUAAUCCCUGCCCUGCUUCCUGUUCCUGGUAGUGUUCACUGCAGUGGCUGCUCUAAGGUUCUGCUGAAAGGCAAAACACGAUUCCAAAGAAAAGGUUCGACGCAGCUCUUCUGCUCCACAGUAUGUCUGGUUAGACAUUUGCCUCCAACCCAUAACAGAUUGUGUGUCUGGUGCAACAGGGAGAUCAAUCAGCCCAAGGACAUGAUCAAACUUCCAGCAGGCGAGAACAUGUACAUGAACUUCUGUAGCCAGUUCUGUCUGUCUGAAUUUACAGACAAGAUGAAAAAUAAUGAGAAGCCUCUUGACAAACGAGUGGAGAAGAAGCCAGCGAGGCUGCCUGUGAAACCAGGGGAAAAACCCUUCUGCAGUGUCUGCAAAGUUACCAGUAAGAUUGAGCAUGAGGUCACCCUUAAAGGUCGUGUGCACAGACUCUGUGGGGAUGCUUGUUUUGUAACAUGGCGCAAGAUGCGUUUCUUAGCCAUGAACUGCUGUGAAUACUGCGGACUUAAAUGUAAUGGCUCCUGUCAGACUCCCACGGAUGAAAGAUAUCAGCUCAACUUCUGUAGUGCUACUUGCAUUGCCACCUACAAACAGACCUGCAGAAAGACAGUGGACUGUAUCUACUGUCGCAAGAUGGCGGUAGUGUCCACCGCCAUCAUGCAACGAGACCAAAAGGGCAAAGUUCAACUUUACUGUUCACCUCUUUGUGUGAGACUGAGCCGAUCACCCCGACAUAUGCUCAGCGGUACUCCAUUUCCAUGCAGUCAAUGCAAGGUGACAGCUGUUCCUCAGUAUCAUCUGGCCAUGGUGGACGGCACCAUUUGUAACUUCUGCUCCUCUGACUGUGUUUCCAUUUACAGGAAAACUGGGCACCCCUCUCAGCCAGACCUGACCAAUGGAACCUUCUCUCUCAGGGACCCCUCCAGCAGAGAUGGAGUCACACUAGGGCCCUCCGCUGGGGCCAGCUCAGUUCCUCCCAUUCCUCAGGACUACCCAUCUUCAGUCCCCUACCCAGGCCAUCAUCCCAGUCAUACCUCAGUGCCCCCAGUCGUGCCUCCCUACAUGGCCACGUCCUCCCCCUCUGUUCCAGGGCAAGCACUGACCAGAGUGCCCCCUGAUCAGUCCUCCAAAACAACAGAAGAUGGACACAUUGACACCUCCAGACUGACCUGCCAUCAGUGCAGCAAACACUUCAGCAACAAGGCAACGGUAUUCAGUCACCAAAUAUUCUGUGGAAAAAGAUCUAUUGAGAAUGAAACUGGUUUGCACGAGGAGCACCUGUCCAGAGUGUUUGAUGAAGUGAUGGGGCUGGGAGACUUCGCUGAAUCCUCUCAGGGCUCUGCCACUUCUUCUAAGAGUGGAGGUCAGGAGGAAACAAAGGCAGUAGAUGAAACAUCAGGACAAGAAGAGCAGCAACCGGUUGAAGAAGAGGAUAGCAAUGGGAGUAGACCAGAAGAAAAGAUGGACGAGGGGGUGGUAGAAUCCCCCUUUCCUCGCAUUUCCUCCCCUCCCUCUGGUCAACCGUCCGCAUUUACGUUGAAAACCAAUGAAGGAGGAGGAGGGAAAGGCGGAGGAGGAAGUGGAGGGGCAGCAUUUGAUGAUGCAAUGGAUGGCCUUCCUCUGUAUGAGCCAGAAGAAGAGGAUGAAGAUUGGCACUUUGCCCUGCCAAUGGGCUCUUUGGAGGACGUCGAUGUGGAUAAGGCCAACAGAAAAAAAAGCAAAGCGGACAAGGGGAACAAUUCAAGUCGAGGCGAUCCCUUUACUAACGAGCCCAAAGGAGGAGAGAAAGAGAAGGAUGAGAGCACAGAGUCUGCCAACACUUCCCACUCCUCCCAGGAAAACACACCUGACAACAGCCGAGAUGGUGGUCCCCUGAACGAGGGAGAGGAGACAGAAGACAGUCAGCAGGGAGAGAGGUCAGAAGCAGCUCCGGUGGAGGACAGCAAUCCCCCGAUGUCUCCGACGAUCAAUAUUAAAGAUGAGCCUAUUGAUGAAGGCUAUGACGCUGCUUUACUGCCUCAGAGCUCCAUCAGGCAAAUCAAAGAGGAGCUGGAGCAUCAGGAGGAAGAGCUGAGAAUCAGUUCUGUCUACUCUGUAGGAGGAGCAAACACCUUUGUGUCUCCUACUGUGCCAGCGGCAAUCCCUGCCCCACCCCCAGCAACCAUUUUUAUCCCAAGUAGAGGUGCAGUCCUACAAGCUAUGUCUCAGCUUCCUGUGAGACCAACAAUUUCAAUCCCAGGUCCGAUACCAGCUUUGGCAGCAGUGCCCCAACGCCCACCUCAGCCUGCUGUUCCUGGUAGUGUUCGCUGCAGUGGCUGCUCUAAGGUUCUGCUAAAAGGCCAAACAGCAUUCCAAAGAAAAGGUUCGACGCAGCUCUUCUGCUCCACAGUAUGUCUGACUGGACAUUUGCCUCCAACCCCCAAGAACCGAAUGUGUUUCCAGUGCAACAGGGAGAUCAUUCAGCCCAGGGACAUGAUCACAAUUCCAGCAGACAAUAACACGUACAUGAACUUCUGUGGCCAGUUCUGUCUGUCUGUCUUUAGACACAAGAAGAAAACUAAUGAGAAGCCUCUUGAGAAACGACUGGAGAAGAAGCCAGAGAAGCUGCCUGAGAAACCAGUGGAGCAACAGCCUGAAAGACCCUUCUGCAGUGUCUGCAAAGUUACCAAUAAGAUUGAGCAUGAGGUCACCCAUCAAGGUCGUCUGCACAGACUCUGUGGUGAUGCUUGUUUUGUAACAUGGCGCAAGAUGCGUCACUUAGCCAUGAACUGCUGUGAAGGCUGCGGACUUUACUGUAAUAGCAACUCAGGCUCCUGUCAGACUCUCACGGUUGAAAGAUCUCAGCUCAACUUCUGUAGUCCUACUUGCAUUGGCACUUACAAACAGACCUGCAGAAAAACAGUGGACUGUGUCUACUGUCACAAGAUGGCGGUAGUGUCCGCCACCAUCAUGGAACGAGACCAAAAGGGCAAAGUUCAACUUUACUGUUCACCUCUUUGUGUGGAACAGAGCCGACCACCCCGACAUAUGCUCAGCGGUACUCCAUUUCCAUGCAGCCUGUGCAAGGUGACAGCUGUUCCUCAGUAUCAUCUGGCCAUGGUGGACGGCACCAUUCGUAACUUCUGCUCCUAUGACUGUGUUUCCAUUUACAGGAAAACUGGGCACCCCUCUCAGCCAGACCUGACCAAUGGAACCUUCUCUCUCAGGGACCCCUCCAGCAGAGAUGCAGUCAAACUAGGGCCCUCUGCUGGGGCCAGCUCAGUUCCUCCCAUUCCUCAGGACUACCCAUCUUCAGUCCCCUACCCAGGCCAUCAUCCCAGUCAUACCUCAGUGCCCCCAGUCGUGCCUCCCUACAUGGCCACGUCCUCCCCCUCUGUUCCAGGGCAAGCACUGACCAGAGUGCCCCCUGAUCAGUCCUCCAAAACAACAGAAGGUGGACACAUUGACACCUCCAGACUGACCUGCCAUCAGUGCAGCAAACACUUCAGCAACAAGCCGACGCUAUUCAGUCACCAAGGCCGUAUUUCUAUGUUUUGCAGUACAACAUGCUGUGAACAAUACAAAACCCAGAAAAAUACCCUGGCAGUGUGCGAGAGCUGUAAACGGGAGAAGGUCCCCUUUGAAAUCAUCAGCAACAACCAACAGGAACUCGUCUUCUGCAGUGAAAACUGUAAGACUCUCUACAAACAAGAGCUGACCUCUAGUAACAAGGAUCAUACCUGGCAUCCCUGCUCUUACUGCUCUAGCAUCAGCCAGAAGAUGCUGCACAGUCAUUAUGGCGGCAAGAUUGAGGAGUUUUGUAAACCCCACUGCAUGUCCCAGUACACUGUGAUCUACUAUGGGAUGGGGAGAUGUGACAGUUGUAGGAAACAGAGCCACAUGACGGAAAAGCUGCAGUGUCUUGGUUCAGUCCGUAACUUCUGUCACCUGCCCUGCCUUCUACAUUACUGCCACCAUCAUUUUGAGACGAGUCAAAACAGCAACAGUAACGGUACUGGAACGGCCCCACAGACACCAUAUGCUCCUACGCAGCCACAUCACUCCUCAAAGAUGAGUCCUGUCAUAGCUGAUGUCGUCUCAUUGGCCAGUGGCUCUGCCACUCAGCCUAGUGUGUCAGCAGAUACUGCUCAGACUGGAGCACUUCCAACCUCCAUUGACGGAAAGAACCUUGACCAUGCGAGCACACAGACUGACGCCAUGCGUGUGCCUGUGUCCCGUCGGCGUCAAAUGAAGAACAAGUCGGUUCUGUGUCGCCCCUUCACUAUGGACCAAGAGACUAUGUGCCAGCUGCCCACAUCUUCCACUGAAUCAGAAGCUCAGUCUUCACCCUCAGUGACCACCUCAGCCAGAGAGGAGAAUGUGAAGGUGAUAUUUGUACCGGUCCCAGUUCCGGUCUUCAUUCCAGUACCUAUGAAUAUGUACUCCCAGUACACACCUGUACCGAUGGCAAUGCCCAUGCCUGUUCCAGUACCCAUUGUAGUACCACCCCAGAACAAGGACAUGAAAGAUGCUGCUGUCCAAUCAGAGCCUUGGGAUUUGAAGAAGGAAAAACACAGUGAUCAGCCAGUUUCCAGUGCAGACCAGAGCAGUUCCAGCGCAGGCAUGGAGUCACAAGUGGUCGAUCCCAUAAUCCAUGAAAAGGAGGACACUCUCAAAGCAGUUCAAGCCGAUCUGCCUCUAACUGUUAGUUCAGAAAGGAGUAGGGAGUCUAGUGAAUCCCAGCUUGAUGUCAAGCCAGAGAGCACGACCACAAGUGACCCACCGACCACCAGUGCAGAGCAGCAACCUCCCUCCUCUCCAGUGAUGGACCUGGAGACUGACUUCCCUUCCGUAUCAGUUGAUCAGAAGUCGACUGCUCCACAGCGAGGAGUGAAGAGACCCAGAGAAGGUUUCUCUGGCCGGAAACGGGGACGAAGGCGGACUGUUUUGGACCGCAGUGCAGUGGAACCGCCCGCCGCCGCCUCCAAACUGAACCACCUGUAUGGGGUUAAAGCCUGGAAGUGCUGGGUCCAACUGCGCAACAAACUGCCACAACAGUCCACUCUAGUGGAAAUAAAAGAAGACAUCCUUCAAUGUGACUCUGCUGAGCUGAGCUUUGCUCUGUCUCGAUUCAUCAGAGAAGUGAGACGACCCAAUGGAGAGCCCUACAGCCCGGACAGCAUCUUCUACCUCUGUUUGGGGAUACAACAGUAUCUGUUCAUGAAGGGCCGCAUAGAGAACAUCUUCACUGACGAGCUCUACAGUCAUUUUGCCGCUGAGAUCACUGGGAUGCUGCAGUUCUGGAAGCCUAAACUACUACCUAGUGGUUGUAUUGUGUCCUCCCGUGUUGAAGAGUCCUACCUGUGGGAGUGUAAGCAGCUGGGCGCUUACUCACCCAUAGUGCUGCUCAACACGCUGCUCUUCUUCUGCACCAAAACCUUCCACUUAACUACGCUGGCUCAGCACCAAAGUCUCUCCUUUGUCAACUUCACUCGACGCUCCAAACCCUGCAGCCGAGCCGGAAAGGUCCACUACCUCCAGUACCAGAGAAGCAGCUCUGCCACGCCCGGCCGGGAAGACACAGAGCGGCACAGAAGAAGGCAGACAGACAAUGAGGGAAGCAUGGAAAUGCUGGAGAAUGUCACCAACCCUCUCCACUGUCCUGUCAGACUCUAUGAGUUCUACCUCUCUAGAUGCCCCGAGUCGGUGAAGAAGAGAUCGGAUGUGUUUUACCUCCAGCCUGAACAGAUUGUCCACACUCACAGUUCACACUGGUACACUUCUCAGCCAUUAGAGGGCGCCACCCUACAGAGCAUGCUCACUCGCAUUUUGGCCGUCAGGGAGGUGAACCAGGCGCAGGGAGCAGCCCAGCAUCAGUCCUCCGCCACCACUGAUGACAGCAGCUUACAGUGAGAUUAAACCAGUCUGAGUCCACAUGAGCCCCGCCCAUCAGUCCCUUCAGACUGUGAAAUGGUGGUGUUCAUGAACGGAACCCCACCACCAGGCUUAGAAAGACCGAACAAACAGAGAUAUGAUUAAAAAAAGACUCUUUCAUAAAGAGACAUUUUAAGAACUGGGAUAAUUGUAUUGAGUAGCCUCAGUGACAAUCUCCUCCUCAUAUAAAUACAUGAGUUUACACACUGAUAUCUUCACUGAUAAUGUUGAACAUGGAAAAUGGAAAUUUUUGGAGUUAAUUGUUGUUGCAGCAUUCAUCACAUGUGGUGGGAAUUGAUCUGCUACCUGUAAUGGUGGAGGCCAAACCUGUCAGAUGUACCAUUUAUCACAAGAUCAGACCAGUGAAACCAGUCAGAGCUGCUGGGAACAAUGAGAGGGCUCUUUUAUUGUCCUCAUUGUCCCUCUGUAUUUGUUCAAGUUUUUAAGGCUGGUAUUAGUCUUUUGAGAUGAGUCAAAACCUGAAAGAAAGACAUUUUGAGCAGGUUGUAUUUUUCAGUCGUAUGUAGCUACACAAAACUUCACGUCACUGGUUUAGGUCAAGCCCCUCCGACAGAGAUCCAUUGGAGUUUUAACAAGUUAAAGAUUUAAAAUUUAAUUAAAUCUGCAUCAAAUUCAUCUCAUUAGAGGUGGAAGACAUCUGGCAUUUGAAUAUAAGCCAAUAUAUAAUAUGUUGGUAAAUCAAUAUAUAUAUAUAUACCAGUGUAACUCUUUUUAUAAUGAAACUCACAGUGCCUCUCAUUUUUUGUUCCUUCAUUUUUAACAAUGUAUCAUUUAUUUUUUUGUUCCUCUUUUAUAUUCUUCAUCCUUUGUGGCCUUAUUUCUCUUCUUCUGUCUUUCACUUUCAAUCUUGACAUGAGUUUGUUUACCCAAAUGCCUGAGGUUUCCCAUAAUAUAACAUGGUCUAUAUGAUUGAUGGUGUAGUACGGUUCUCAUUGGCUAUUGAUUUGUUGUAUAUAUUGGAUUAAAAAUCAUAAAAUCUCCCAAGAAAUGUCUCGUCAGAAUUCUGCAUCUUUACCAGAACAUCCAUGAUCUAAAACAUAUAUUAUUAUGUUGAGAUUUCCCCAAAUAAAUAACCAUUUGUUCUUUUUCUGGUGAUGACAAAUACUCCUUUAUUGUUUUUGUAUGUUUUGUCACGGAGGCCAAUGUGCCUUUACUUUUGCCUCAUGCUCAAAUUUUAUAUGAAAUCCAUGUUACAGUCUAGAGGAGAUAAGAGCACUACACCUCACUCCAGUGCUCCAUGCUAACAGUUCAGCAUUCAGAGUCUUCACUGAUGUCGAGCCAUCAGCCGGAUUCAGACACAACAUACUGGACACCCUGUCGCUGCUGCUCUCUGAACCGCUCUCAGCAGAUUGUUCAGUAGGACAAAGACAGUGGGAUGCUUUACUGUCCUGCACAAAAUGCUGAGUCUACAUCAAGUAUUACAUUUCAUCUUAUUCCUUCUUUAACUUGGUUGCAAGGUUGAGGAUUACUAUUCAAAGCAUGAUGGAAAUGAAAGUGGAUAUUGAAAGCGUCAUUGAACUUUGUGCAUUUUUGAAACAUUGAUGAAAGUGGAUAUUGAAAGCGUCAUUGAACUUUGUGCAUUUUUGAA